AUGCUCUUGCAGGAACUUGAACAAGCCUCUGCCAACCAGCCGGUUACUUUGUCGGUCGGCGGCAAGUCAAACGGCGAGAGCGCGACGCGUCGUCAAUCGACGGAAGCUGCGUCUCGAGAAGCACAGUCUCCGACGCGCGGCGGCCCUCGAUCUUUAGGGCUGGGAGAAAGCAUCAGCGGAAGCGGGCGGAAGAGAGAGCAGGCGGAGCGGAGUCCGCUUGACGGCUUGCAGUUGGGGGCCGGGGGAGGAGGUUGCGGCGGUCAGGGCUUUUCGUUUUCCCCUGUCGGCAAUCCCGAGGGUCAUCAGAAGCGGCAGGAGACUAACCCUGGGGGAUGCGCGGAUGGAGUUACUGUACGCAAUGUGACUAUAGGCGUGGGAAGUCGUGGAGACGGUCAGUACGACGGGAGGAGUUCACUCGGAGGGGGAGAUGCGAGGGGUGUGAUUGAAGCGAGACCGCUAGGAUUCGUGCGGGAGGAGAAGGAGAAGGAAUCGUCGAAGGGCGAUGAGCGCGAGAGUGAGCGGGAGGGCGACGAGGCGGCACGGGACGGGAUUGAUGGCGGAAGAAGGGGAGGAUGGGAGGGGUGGAAGAAGAUGGUGGGGGCAGGAGAAGAGAUUUGCGCGCACGUUGAGCAGCAGCAGCCGCAUCGGGAUUUUGAGACGUCUCAGAACGACAAACAGCAGCAGCAGCAGCAGCCGCCGCCAUCGCAGAACGCAUUUGGCGGCAACGCGCAUCAUCGGCCUGUGGAGUAUCGAGUCACGGCGUGCGAGGAGGGGCGCCGCCCCCCCGCGUGGAAGCCGGCGGGUUCCGCGGGGCACUUAAAGCCCGACGACGACCUCACUCUUAAAGCGUUCCUCAAGGGCGGCAAAAGGCGCCACGGGGGGAGUGCGGUGCGCGGCGCGCAGACGUGGCAGGCGGACAAGAUUGCGGACGCGUGGCGGGUGGCGGAGGGGCUUGCGGAGAUGGAGCGCGUGCGGCGGGAGCAGGCGGAACGGGGCGCGCAUCCCCCUUCCGGUUCUGCAAAUGCCCCCCGCGUUAUCACUACUGCGACGGCUGUAACCGCCACGUCGGCAGCGGCUGCCGCCAUUCAGCGUUUUCCUGCUGCGGACGGCCCCGCCGCCGACUUCUCCCCUUACGCCAGUGGAGGCGCCGCCGUGAAGGGCAAUGGCGCGCCGGGGGGUGGGAUCGCGCGGAGCGACAGCGCGCGGAAGGGCAAAGCGGCGGUUGCGGACGAGCCUUGCGGGUUUGACCGGUGCGCCAGCAGCGAUUGUACGGGCGGAUCGUCGCAGGGGGAGAGCUCAAGGUCGCGCGGAGGGGGAAGGGCGCGCGGGGAGGGGAAGAGGCGGAAGGGUUCGCGGCUUUCGGGCGGAGGGGAGCGGAAGGGGAAGGUGAAGGCUGCUGGUGCUGCUGCAGGCGAUGCCGCUAUUGGCGCUGACGUUACCGCUACGAUCGAUUUGAGCACGGGGGGAAAGGCGUCCGCACAAGGCGCUAAAAGCGGAGGGGGAAGGGAGAAGCGCGGAGUAGACGCGCGCGCUGACGUGGCAGGGAAGGUCGCGGCGCAGCAGAGCGAGAAGGCGAAGCAGAUGGAACGGAACCUCAAGGUAGCUUCCGCGCAGCUUCUCACCCUGCAGAAAUGGGACGAGGGAUCAAGAGACCUAGCGGUGCGGUGGGCCGUGUGGCUUCUAAGGCUCAUCCGCAAAUCCGCCCCCACUCCUCCCCCGCCCUCCAUCCGCCUCCUCCUCUUCUCCUCUAUCCUCAUGACUCUCCCGCGGAUAGCCGACACUCUCCUCCCCCUCACCUCCCUCCCCGGCCUCGCCUGCUCCCCAGCGUCAGCCUCGGCAGGAGGCUCGGUAAAAGGCUCGGCGGGAGGUUCGGUGGCCGAGGCGGUGAGGCAGAUGCUGCGGAGCGUGUGUGCGCUGGUGGGGGCGGUGGGGAGGAGUCAGGUGUGCUUCUCCCCCCUGCACUGGGAGAUUCUACAGGAGCCGUUGGAUCGCUUCAAGUCGUGGGCUGCAAAGAAAUCACAAAGAGCAGAGGAGCAAAGGGAAACUCAUGCAUCCGCUGCUCCUGCUCCUGCUCCUGCUCCUGCUCCUGCUCCUGCUCCUGCUCCUGUCGCUCCUGCCCCUGCUGCUCACCCACCGUCUACCUUCGAGUCUUCACAGAAUCACGGUUUGGACCUCGCUCUUUCUGCACCUGCAGAAGCAGCAGCUGUUCCUGUUCCUGCUCAUACUACGCCCGCAGCUGCAACUGCCAACCCGCUCGCACACCAACCAGCGCCACCCCUGAACGCGCACUCGCAGCGUGCAUUUGGGUCGGCGCAGAGGAGGCGGCAGAGGGCGGUGGAGCAGCAGGCCAAGGAGCUCUGCAGCGGCCUCUUCUCCCCGUACGGGCGGCAGGCCGUGUCUGGUAGCGGCGCCAGUAGCAAGCGAUCAGACGGCCCCGCCCCUCCUCUUCCUCCCCCUCAUGUUACUGCCGCCUCCGCCACCGCUGCUGCUGCUGCUGCUGCUGCUGCUGCUGCUGCUUCUCCCUCUCCUAGUGCAUCUGCCUCAGCAGCAGCAGCAGCAGCAGUGGCGGCGAGCAGUGGUCGCAUGGCCAAAGCCACACCAGCACCCAAGGAUGCAUCAGGAUCAGGGCAUAAGAGCACAGCAACACGGGCAGGCACGUCGGUGUGGCUGGGAACCCCUCUGGCCGCUGGCAUGGGGGCGAAGAUCGCCGUGGGCGGCAGGGGCAGCGCCAGUGCUGUUUACCGCGAGCUCUCAUCCCGCUGUGGGUCCUCUGGGGGGUGGAAGAGCGGAGGGGAGGGGAGCGUGGGAGAGGAGGGGAUGGAGGAGGGGGAGAGUGUGAGGGAGGGGUCGGUGGGUGGUGGAGUGGGGAAGGGAGUGAGGGAGGGGGAGGCGGGGGGGUAUGCGGAAUGGAGUGCGAGGAAUGUGGCUCAGACUGAGGCGAGUUCCGUGCCUUACUUCUGGUCCGGGGUUUACCGAACCUGCAGCUCGGGUUUGGCUGGAAGUGUUGGGCUGAGGGCUUGGCGGAAGGGGAGGGUGGAUACAGCGAAUUUGGUAAGGUCGCCUAAGGCUGCUGAUGCUGCUGCUGUUGCCGCUGCUGCUGCUGCUGCUGCUGCUGUCGGCAGUGUUGCUGCCGCAGCUGCUUCUGCUGAUGCCCCAUCAUCCUCUCCUGUUACUGCCGCUGCUGCAUCAGCAACAACAGCCGGAGAUGCCAAGGAUGGUGAUUGCAGCAUUGGUGCCGGCGGCACUAUCGGUGUCACAGCAGCCAACGGGAGCAGCAGCGCAGGGCAGGGCGCAGAGUUUAAGACAGAGAGUGGCAUGAACAGCUGUGAUGAUGCCGCGGCUGCAGCCACUGGCGAAGAGGCAUGGGAGGGGGGCUUGGAUUCCGCUGUAGCAGCCAAGUGUGGGUCAACUCGCCCCUCUCUGUCUGCCUGUGCGGGACCCAGCCCCCAGCAGUGCCACCCGUACCAGUUGCACCCGCACCAGCAGCACAGGCGCGGGCGACGAGGGGUGCAGAUGCAGGAGGGAUGGCAGCAGCAGUGGCAGCAGCAACAUGGGUUACUUGGACCGCAGUGGCAGCAGCAGCAGGGGUCGGUGGGGCGGCAGCAGUGGAGAAGCAUGUCUGCUGCUCCGCUGGGGCGGAUAGACGAGGAGAGGCAGGAGGAGGAAGAAGAGGAGCAGCAACUGCAGAAGGAGGAGGAGCAGCAAGGGCGGGAACUGAAAGGUCAGACUCAGCACCCUGUCGAAAAGGAGCCGUUGGGAUCAGGGCAUGACGCAGCUGUAGCAGGGGAUGCGACGGGGACAGGGACGGGGACAGGAGCGGUGGGUGGAGGUACAGUGGGGAGUGCAUACACAUACACGUACACUCACACUCACACUGGAUGCACGUCGGGCAGCACAUGGAUGCAGGAGGGCGGGGAGGGCCCUCACAUGGUGUCGCGACCUAGGUCCAGGAGAAAGAAGAUGGCCAAGCGCGAGUGA